AUGUCUGACCUCAGCCAAGUUGCUGUAUACUCCGACUCCUCAGAUAUCUAUAAGGUGAGUAAUGUUUUCUGCAACCCUGCCUUUGAGCUGGAGGGGGAGCGAGAGGAGCGGGUGGAGGGCUUCAGGACGUCCUUGUCCACCCCUGAACCGAUCAAACCACCAGCGGCUCGCCCGGGCUGGGGUGUGCUUGGGGUGUGUGUCAUGCGUCUGCGUGCUCCAGGUUGUGGCUGGGGGGUGGUGGUGGUCUCUGCUGCUGCUCUGCUCCUGUUAACCGCCCUCGGACUGGCGCUGGCCCUCAUUCUUACACAGAUAAAAGGUCAGGCAGUGGAGGAUCAGCUGUCGUCCACCAGCCCUUCAGACCUAUUGAGAACAGCAGAGGGUGAUUCCCAUACUUUACCCACAAGCCCAUUCAACAGAAGUCAAUGGGAUAGUACAGCACCACCACACACUACAAGGAUCCCCUUGUCUGAAACACGUUGUGGGGGUGUACUGACAGACUCUGAGGGCAGUUUCAGUUCCCCAAACCACCCCGGCCCCUACCUGCCCAACUCCCUGUGUGUGUGGGUGAUCCGAGUCCCGCCCCCCUCCCUGGUUCAGAUACACGUGUCCUCUUUGGCCGUGGAGGGGCCCUCUCCCUGUCUGUUUGACUGGCUGGAGGUGCAGGAGCAGACAGAGCUGAGCUCUGUGGUCACCAGGUUCUGUGGUAACGUAGCUCCACCGACAGUCAACACAAACAGCAGCACAGUGUGGGUCACCUUCCGCUCUGACAGCAGCAUCAGCGGGGCCGGCUUCACAGCUCAGUACAGGGCCCUGCAGCCUGGACACAAGAGCUGCUCCAGAGAAGAGUUCCUGUGUGACAGUGGACGCUGUCUGUUGCCCGUGUCCGUGUGCGACGGUCAUCCAAACUGCCACGACCAAACAGAUGAGGAAAACUGCAGCCAUAAACACAAGGAAUGUGGCGGGCAGAAGUCAGGAUCUCACGGUCACCUGUCAAGUCCCAACCACCCAAAGCCUUAUCCUCACCAGCAGUCGUGUAUUUGGUAUAUAUCCGUUGAGAAGGGCCACGUCAUCACACUGAGUUUCAGGAACUUCAGCCUGGAGACUCAGGAUGUGUGUGAGUUUGACUACGUGGAGGUGCACGACAGCGUGGACACCGGAGCUGGAAGAGUCCUGGGAAGGUUUUGUGGCACCACCUUCCCACCUGACCUGACCUCCUCGGGCCCCCACAUGACUGUGGUGUUCAUGGCUGAUGAGGGAGUGGCAGACAGUGGCUUCAACGCAACGUACCAGUCUGUGUCUGUACUGGACAGGACAUGUGGUCCCAGCCAGUUUGUCUGCAGUACAGGGAUGUGCCUCCAGCCGCAGUGGUUGUGUGAUGGAUGGAACGACUGCCCUGACGGAGCAGAUGAACAGGGAUGUGGAAACUCCACCUACCCUACCUUCACUUCAUCAUGUGAGGUAAUAGAGGUGGAGAUGUGUCAGGGCCUCAGUUACAACCUCACCUCGUUCCCAAACAUCUGGCUUUCUAUUGCAGACCAGAGAGAAGCUGCCACAGUCCUGCGACAGUACCGGGUGCUUAUGGAGCUGGCCUGCUUUGAGCCCCUGCAGAGGCUGGUUUGUGGGAUGUUUCUGCCCCUGUGCAGCCCCCAGGGUGGCGUCCUCCAGCCCUGCCGCUCGGUUUGCUCCUCGGCUGAGCAGCAGUGCAGUCAGGCCCUGGAUCUCCUCUCCUUCAGCUGGCCCUUCAACUGCCACCUCCUGCCCGACUCACAGGACCCUUUGGAGUGCUCGGUGCCUUGA